GCCUCUACGAUUCUUGCCCGUCUCCCAUAUCGACUGCCGAGGUCGCGUUCCCUCUCCUCCUCGCUGUCUCGCUCUCUUCUUCCUUUCUUCUGCUUCUCCUUCUUCUUUCCUCUCUCUAUUGCUGGAGCGGCAGAGACCGCGGACGACGAAGAAGCGGCGGAGGCGUCAGGGAGAAGGGGGAGGAGGAGGAGGAGGAGGAGGAGGAGGAGCGGAAGAAGCCAUUGGGAACUAUGCGAUCGGAUGAGGAGAGCGAGGAGGAGGAUUCUGACGCGCCGACGAGAAGGAGAACCGCCGCCGCCACCGCCACCAUCACAAUCGCUGGCCGCGGCAGCGGCCGUUGAUGGCGUUGCAGAUGACCUGGCAUCCAAGGUGCCGCAGGGGCGGCCCCCCUCUCGGCCUUAAGAACCUCGGUAACUCAUGCUACCUCAACAGCGUCCUCCAGUGCCUCACGUACACCCCUCCCCUCGCCCAGUUCUGCCUCUCCUCUCGUCACUCCUCACUCUGCAAGUCGCUCUUCGCGAACCGGGACAAGGAGUGCCCCUUCUGCAUCCUCGAGCGGCAGAUCGCUCGAUCCCUCAGCCUCGACGGGCCGCUUGAAGCCCCGUCCAAGAUUCAUAAGUCCCUUGCCCUCUUCGCCGAGCACUUCCGGUGGGGCCGCCAGGAAGACGCCCACGAGUUCCUCCGCUACGUAAUCGACGCCUGCCAUAACGCCUGCCUCAAGAUCCACAAGCGAAACGGCGGCGGAGGGACUCCGGAUGGUAACCCAAAGGCGGAGGGCCGCUCAGGGCCCAGCACCGUGAUGAAGGAGAUCUUCGGAGGGGCCCUCCUUAGCCAGGUGAAGUGCCUCGCGUGCAAGGGGGAGUCAAAUAAGUCGGACGAGAUCAUGGACAUCUGCCUUGAUCUCUUCCAGAGCAGCUCCUUGAAGGAUGCCCUAGCUCGAUUCUUUCAUCCUGAAGUAUUGGACGGCAACAAUAAGUACAACUGCGGCAAUUGUAAGAAACUCUCUGUUGCCAGAAAGCAGAUGUUUAUACUUCGAGCACCAAAUGUGCUUGUCGUGCAGCUCAAGAGAUUUGAAGGCAUACAUGGUGGGAAGAUCAACCGGAACAUUGAAUUUGAUGAAGCUUUGGGGCUUUCAGAGUUCAUGUUCAAUAUGAGUCAGGAUCCUGAGCCAGAGUAUAAUCUUUUUGGCAGUAUUGUGCAUUCAGGAUUUUCACCAGAGUCUGGACAUUAUUAUGCAUACAUCAAGGAUGCUUCUGGUCGUUGGUACUGUUGUAAUGAUGCUCAAGUUUCACUUUCAAGCAGACAAGAGGUUUUGUCAGAGAAGGUUUAUAUCCUUUUCUAUGUACGCAGCAACGGAAGCCCAAAGCCAAGCAAAAUUGUUUCUUCUUGCAACGCAUAUAAACCUUCAGUGACAAAUGGAAACGAUACAUCAAGCUUAAAAUGUACUGAAACACUGAAACCAACAAUCAUCAAGUCAGAUGGCGUGUCUUCUAAGAAUACUGCUUCGACCAUGCUGAAGAAUGGUAAAACAUUUUCAUCUCCACAAUUUAAGCCCAUUAAUCUGAAGAACUUGGAGAUAAAGCAGGCUAUUUCAAAUGGUAAUGGCAACCUUGAUCUUCAGAAUAAAGGGUCUAUUGAGAAGGGUACGGUUGCACUUGAAUGUGGUUUUGUGGGUGAAACUAAGAUAGUACAAAAAGUCAAGACAUCAAUGGCAUCUAAUCUCAGUUCUGCCAAUGUAAAUUUUUCUUCUGAUACGGUGGAGAAAAAUAAUAAGCAGACAUUAUUUUUACCAAAUGUAAAUGCAUGUACAAAAGAAUUGGAUAUGGAUGCUCAUGUGGAGGACAUUGAAGGUGCAGCAACUCUGAAUAGAGGUUUUGAUAAUGGCAGUUCAUCGAAAUUGGAGACUAAUAAGCAUCAUGCUAUUGUAUCGACUUUUAACACAGAGUUAUCUAAUACUAAAACAACUGAAAAUUUAGCAAGUGAUUUGCCGAGGGGAAAUGGUUCACACAAGAAUCAGAGAGCAUGUGGUAAAAGGCAUUACCAAGAGGAAAUUGAGAAGUUCAAAGAAGUACUUGCUGGAGAAGCCUCUUCUGAACUGCACUCUUGUGGCUGGGUUGAUCAGGUUCAAAAUUUCAUGCGUGCUAGAAAGAGAUUAUGCAUUCAAGAAUCAGGCACCUCUUCUGAUAAUAGUCUAAUAAGGAGACACUUGAUCAAUGAUGCCAGAAAGACCUUCAUCUCACAAAUUCCUGAGUCUCUAAAGGAGCACCUCAUUGAGCACCUCAGAUUUUUCAGUCAAGAAACACCUUUAUUGGAUUCUUGAAUUUCAGAUGAUGUCCUUUAUGUUGCGACUGGAUGAUGCAUGGAUAUACUAUUGACUAUUCCAAAUUUGAAGGGCAUAAUUUCCUUCUCUGCAAAAUUCUUUUGGUAUGUGGAGAAUGUUGAAGACCUUUUUUGCAUCAAGCUCCAUGGGUUUCAGGAGAUUUAUCACUUGAAGCUUCUACUUCAGUUCAUGUGUAUCUGAGAAUAUUAUUGAUUUCAUUGGCACUUCCCCUAUCAGUGAGAUUCACAAUUUUGAGGUUAAAAGUUUUGCGGAGUAACUUCCUAUGUAACAUAUCUUUUUUGAUAUUGUCGCUGAUGAUCAAUUUCCCAAGGCUUAUCCUUUUUUCAUUCUUCCAAUAUGUUGUGCAACUGAAUCUCGAAGACGAUUGCAGUCAGGAGCUACAUGAAGUGAGUUUCGGUUCUUCUUUUUUAAAACUCUUGUUGUCCUUGUAGCUUUCUUUCCAUAUUUCAUGAAGUUAAGUUGAUGUAUAUAUACCUUGCCAGAAGUAUUUCUUUCCAAAGAUUUUGCUUUGGCAUUUAACUUAAGCUGGAUUUUUACUGCA